GAACAAAGAUCAGCACAUCGUCGAGAGAAACGAACGAUUGAGCGAGAAGCCACGACGAGAUGUUUUGCCUGCAGAGAAUUUGGUCAUGCAGCCAAAGAUUGUCCCAAGGAAAAGGAACAACAACAAAGAUCAAACGAACUGAACGGAGGAGUAGUUUGUUGUUACAGAUGUGGAAGUACAGAGCACUCGCUGGCAAAAUGCAGGAAACCCUCCCCGAAAACCGGAUCAGAACUACCAUUCGCACAUUGUUUCAUCUGUCAAAAACGUGGACAUUUAGCAUCCAAAUGUGCGGAAAACAAAGGUCGUGGAAUUUAUCCAGACGGAGGAUGUUGUAAACUUUGCAAUUCCGUUGAUCAUUUAGCGAAAAAUUGUCCGCUUAACGAAGCACAACGUUCGGGGGGUAGUACGGCUGCUUCUACUGCUUCGAUUGGAUUAUCGGAUAUGCACAACAUGCGAACAGGUGCCGAUGAAGAUGAUUUCCAUGCAUUCUCACGCAAACGU